AGACGAGAAGUCAAGGUCUGCGCGGUAACUUUGGUUGAGAUGGUGAAACCAAAGUACAGACGCCAUGGGUUCGUCUCGAAAAAGCAGAAGGAGAGAUAUGAUAAAGUAUCUGCAGGGCAAUUGACUCGAUGGAUUAGGGGAGCUAUCCUUACAGACCACAAUUACUCCGCCAGUGCAACCCCUGUCAGCGUUGAUCACGAUCACGAAUUGCCAAAUUUGAAUAUACUGGAAAGAGAGGAGAUGGUGGAUGGGGAAGAAGUGACUACAUCUGAGGAUUGGAAGGAGGGGAGGAGAGUAGUAGAACUUGGAGUGUUAGCUGAGGGCUUGCGGGGAUGUUGUAAAUGUGGCUUACCAUUACAACUUUCACACACUAUUUCUGUGUUGACAUAUGGUUUAGCUUCUUUGUUAAAGGUCUGUUGCAGCAAUACAAAGUGUAAUCAUAUUAACCAUGUAAAAACGGGGAAAAAACAUGGAAGAGUGUGGGAUGUAAAUACAAAGCUAUCAGCAGCAAUUGUACAUGUUGGUAUUGGUGCAACGCAAGUCAACAGUCUCCUUUCUGAGCUGAAUAUACCACCUGUAAGCCAUGCCAUGCUGGACAAAAGACAGAAAGAGAUAGGCAGAGCUGUUGAAGAUAUUGCUGCAGAGUCUAUGUCUGAUGCUUUGCAGAAGGAACUGGAAAUGAUGAAUGAAGAGAUGAACGAAAAUGGACUAGUUGUUGCUGUAGAUGCUGGAUGGCAAAAACGGGGUAGCGGAAAGACAUAUGAUAGUUUAUCAGGUGUCAUAUUUACAGUGGACAUCCAACAUGGCAUCCAAAAUGGCUGCCUAGCGGCAGAAAACGAUCUUCAGAAAGUUGUAGGGGGAAAUUGUUGUUAUAAUAAUGAUUACUCUUUAUAA